CCGCCGGACGCAAAAGAAGCGGGGCGAUCGCGCAACGCCGAGAAGAGGCAGCAUUCGCAACUCGUGCUGCGUCUUGAGACACAUCCUUUCUGAAAAUGAGUUUUGCAAUUGAGGAAGUUUCCUUUUCAGGGAUCAUGAUUGCUUUAUGUACUGUGAUGUCAGUAUUCAUUUAUGUACGAAUGUUAACAAAGAACAAACAACCAUACCCACCAGGACCUUGGUCACUUCCUAUAUUGGGGAAUCUUCUUCAGCUUGGAGAUCAUCCUUAUGUUUUCUUCAAUCAGAUGAGAAAGAAAUAUGGAGAUGUGUUUCAGAUACAGCUUGGAAGGGUUCCUGUUGUGGUUGUUAAUGGCCUGGAUGCUGCCAGACAUGUCCUGCUGAGGGAUGGAGAAAGUUUUGCUGGCCGGCCCGAUAUGCACACUUUUUCUUUUUUUGCCAAUGGCGAGAGCUUAACAUUUUCGGUGAAGUUUGGAGAGAGUUGGAAGCUGCAGAAAAAGGUUGCUGCCAAGGCAUUGAGAUCACUGGCCAAAUCUGAAGCCAAGUCCUCCACUUGCUCUUGUCUUCUAGAAGAGCAUGUUUGCGCUGAGGCAUCCGAACUGGUGAAAACUUUUUUAGAACUCUCCAAGAAAGGGAGCUUUGAUCCCGUUGCGGUGACAACCUGCACUGUGGCUAAUGUAGUCUGUGCCCUGUGUUUUGGCAAGAGGUACGGCCACAGUGAUGAAGAAUUUCUGAGUGUGAUCCAAAUGAGUCAUGAUCUUAUAAAAGCCUCAAGCGUCUUCAAUCCCGCUGACUUCAUCCCGUGCCUUCGUUAUCUUCCACUUCCUGCUGCGACGGUUGCCCGCGCGUUUUAUGGAAAGUUCAACAACUUUGUGGCACAACAUGUGGAAGACCAUUAUGCCACGUAUGAUAAGAACGUUCUCAGAGACAUCACCGAUGCCUUAAUUAAUGUUAGCAAUGAAAGAAAAGCAGAUGAGAAAAUUGUAACCUUAUCAAAUGAAAAAAUAAUAAUUACUGUCAAUGAUAUCUUUGGAGCUGGUUUCGGGACACUCUCAUCAUGUUUGCAAUGGAUUUUUCUGUACCUGAUAAACAACCCAGAAAUUCAGAUGAAAAUUCAAGAAGAAAUUGAUGGAAAGAUUGGGCUAAGGCCUCCAAAGUUUGAAGACCGAAAAGACUUGCAUUAUACAGAAGCUUUCAUCAAUGAAGUCUUCAGACACAGCUCUUUUAUUCCAUUCACUAUACCUCACUGUACUACCAAAGACACUCUUCUCAAUGGGUAUUAUAUUCCACAAAAUACCUGUAUCUUCAUUAAUAUGUAUCAAGUUAAUCAUGAUGAAAACCUGUGGAUAGACCCUGACGUAUUUAAACCACAGAGAUUUUUGAAUGAAAAUGGUGAACUCAACAAGAGCUUGAUUGAAAAAGUUCUGAUCUUUGGAAUGGGGCUCCGAAAAUGUUUGGGAGAAGAAGUAGCCCGCAAUGAGAUCUUUGUUAUCCUCACUACUAUCUUGCAGCAGCUGAGAUUGGAAAAGCUACUUGAAGAACAGCUAGAUAUAACACCAGUAUAUGGACUGUCUAUGACACCUAAGCCCUAUAGAAUUUGUGUGUCACAGCGGGCUUGACUUGAAGAAGAGUAUGAGCAAGAAGCAGCUUUCUUUCAUCACCAAAUAAUUGUCUGAAAUAAUGUAAUGCAAAGCUGCUGUUUCGAAGUUACAUUUUUUUCCAAAUGUGUUGGAUGCCAACUUCCAUCUCUCUAAUAGAAAUAAGUGUCCAGCAUAUCUGAAGGAAAUCAAAAACUCCUAUGGUUUUAUAGAAUAUUUGUAUGACACAUGGGGUUAUUUAAGAGUAAUUUCCUUUAUUUUUCACCUAUAGGCAAAAUCUUGCCAGAGUAAAGCACAUAUGUAACAGACAUAUACACAUGCUACAUACAUACAUAAAUAUAUACCUACACCAUACAUAUAAAGCAGUGGGGAAAGGAGAACACUUAAAAAGCCCUGGCAUCAGGGGUGAAAUCCAGCAGAUUCUGACAGAUUCUGGAGAACCAGUAGCAGAAAUUUUGAGUAGUUCGGAGAUUUGGCAAAUACCACCUCUGACUGGCCCCAGAGUGGGGUGGGAAUGGAGAUUUUGCAAUAUCCUUCCCCCAGGAGUAGGGAGGGAAUGGGGAUUUUGCAGUAUCCUUUCCCUACCACGCCCACCAACCCACGCCCACAGAACCAAUAGUAAAAAAAAUUGAAUUUCACCACUGAACUACAGAUUUACUCUGGGAAUAGUCAGGGUGUAACUUUUUAAUCCUUUUUUUUUUUUUUUUUGUCAACCAAACUUUCCAAGCUCCACUGCCUCUUUGCCCUCUGGAAAGCCUUUGUAAAUCCAGAUUACGUUCCAGCUCAAUAAUGGACUGGAUGAGGACCAACAUACUGAGACUCGGUGCAGACGAGAUGAAGAUAUUGAUUGUGGGCGGUGGAUUUGAGUGGUUGCCUGCCUGUCCUGGAGAGGCCUAUAUUUGUUUGAAAUGAACAAGUUCAUAGUUUAGGGCUGCUCCUAGAUCCAUCAGUUUCAUUAGAAGUCCAGGUGGUCUUGGCUCAGGGUGCUUUUUAUCACCUUUGGGCUGGUUUACCAACUGUGACUUUACAUGGACAAAGAUAUUCGCACUUUUGAGUAACGUCUGAGUGGAUUAUUUCAAUGUGUUGGAAAUGAAUCUGUGUUUGAAAAUGGUCUAAGAACUUUGAAUAGUUCAACGUGGACUGCACGUUGUGACUGGCUAAUAAAAAUAUAUUAUGUUAGUUCUUUAUCAUUUACAGUCACUGCUGGUCCGUUUCUGACUCAAUGUUUUGGCCUUGAGCUUUAAAGGUCUUCACAGUUUAGGACCAGAUUACCAAAGAAGCACCUUUCCAGACUUUGAGUUUAUCUAAUGAAACCCUCUUCCAGAUCCCCUUCCCAAGAAAAGUGAGGUGAUCUUCGCAAGAGGAAGAGCUUUUUCUGUAGUGUUGCUCAGUGGUGGUAUCCAAAUUUUUUUACUACUGGUUCUGUGGGCGUGGCAUGGCUUGGUGGGCAUGGCAGGGGAAGGAUAUUGUAAAAUCCCCAUUUCCACCCCACUCCAGGGUAAGGAUACUGUAAAAUCCCCAUUCCCUCCCCACCCCACUAACCUGCUUUCCAGCUCCGUUCUCCUGUGCAGAAUAACAAAAGAAGACCCAGCCUAUCAGCUGGAACUCGGGAGGCAACGAAUAGAUGGGGGCGGGGCCAACCAGAGACGGUAUUUACUGGUUCUCCGAACUACUCAAAAUUUCCACUACCGGUUCUUCAGAACCUGUCAGAACUGGCUGAAUACCACCUCUGGUAUUGCUCCAUUAAUGCAACUCCUCCCGAGAGAACUUAACUUACUCUCACAUUAGCAUCAUUCAGCACCUGACAAAGACUUGUGAAUUGUUUUUUACUUAUGAUUUAGUUCAUGUGGUUUUAAUUUUCAAAUGAAUGCCUGCAGCUUCCUAUCUUUUUAGUUCGCAUUUUAUUUGAUUGUAUGUGUUUUUAUUCAAAAAUAUUAUUGCAGCGUACUUUAUUUUAAACAGCGCAGAAUGUUUCAGCUAGUGGGGUGGUUUAGAAAGUUUAAUAAAUAAAUAAAAAUACAUGCCAUGGCAAGCUGUUUCCAUCAAUGAAUAAUCAUAACCAUUUUUUUUAAAAAAAUUCUGUAUCGGAUGCACUUAACUUUGAAAUAAAAUAUUUUCACGUA